AUGCUAGAAGAGAUUGAAUGUAAUUUUAGAACAAAAGCUCUUUUAACAGAAUAAUAAAUUAAUGGUAAUGAGAGACUUGUAGUAAGAGUUAUCUAUGAACAAUUAUACUAAUCCUUUUAAAUAGAAAAGAAUGUUACUGGAGAAUAUCUUAGAGACCCUUGCUUAAAAGAAUAUGAUCAAAUUUAUUAAUUUUCAAAACCUAAGGGUACAACUCUUGAUUAUUGGAUUCGAUAGAAAAUUGUAUUAUCAGAACAAGAAAUCACUUCCUUAUUUAAUUAAUUAUUACUCGCUCUUUAUGAAAUCCAUAAGUAAGGAGUUCUUGGUAGAUGUUUUUCGAUUUUUAACAUUUAUUAUGACAGUAAUAAAAUAACCUUAUCAAAUUUUGGCUAUUAUAGUGACCUUUAACUUAAACCUCCUGAAUUUUUGAAACAAGGAACUUAUUCAAUAGGAAUAGAUAUGUGGUUGCUUGGAUGCCUUAUAUAUUAAUUAUCAACAAAUGAAAUUCUUCAGAACUUUAAUUCAUACGAAGAAUACAAUUAAUUUUACCAAAGAAUAGAUAAGAAAAAACUUCCUAAAUCUCUUGUAUCUCUAGUCCUUAAGAUGUUGAAUCCAUAAGAUUGCAAUCGAUUAAGAUUUGGAGAAUUACAUAGUAUUUACAAAUGUGUGAAUGAAAAUAACUAUUUAAGACAAUACUAUAAGUCUUAAUGUAAUCUAUUUACGAUACUACAUCUAAUUAGAGAGCGUGAAUAAUUUAAUGUUGAAUGGGCUAUUGUAUUAUUAAAUAUAAUUUUCUUAGGUUAAAGAAUUCAAUGGUAAAUCAAGUAUCUCAGUUGUCAAACAUUUGAAUCCCAUCUCUGCUAAUAUUGAUACUAUUGAUCCUGAUCCUGAUCCUAAUUUCAUGAUACUAUACAAUAAAUCUGAAUUGGUAUUUAAAUAUUUAUUUAAUUUAUAGGAAAAAUAGCUUUAUCCAAAAAUAUGGAAAGAAAUGCAUUUCUAAUAUUUUAAAUUCCAUCUAAUGGAAAAUGCAAUUAAAUGUAUGAGAUUAAUGUUUUAAAUGCCUUUUAUUAUUUGGGGAUAAUAUGCUCUUUAAACUAUGCUUAUAAUUAUCAAAAAAUAAUUUCUUAAAGAAAUAUAAUAAUCAAUCAAUAUUUUUCAUGUAUAACAAUUUGAAUGGGAUCAAUUCCUAGCGAAUUCUAAAUAAUUAAAAUAACAUUUGAAUGAAAUUAAUUAUUCAUUGUAAUUUGAUACCCUUUAGCAUGAGAAACUCUCUAGUUAAAUUAAACAAAAUUAAUUAGGUUUAUCUAUUUUUGAAACUUAAUUAUAAAAAGAAUUGUAACAUCAUGGAUUUUUUCAAGAUGUAUAUAAUAUUAUUAAUUUAGACUUCAGAAUAUGAUUAAUUUGAAUAAUUUAGAAUUCCAUAUAGAAGAUGUCUACAAUUCUGCUAUUAUGAAUUAGAAUAAAUGAUAGAAGAUGAAAGAGAAUCUCAAGAUCUGAAAUUUUUUGCUAGAUUAAAACUCUACCUUAUUAUUUGUAUGACAGUCAAUAGAAUUUUCGAUGAAAAUAAACAAUCAAGAACCAAAACUUUUAAUACUCUAAAACUUCAAUAUCAAUUAGAUGAUAUAAACACUCCAAAUCAUAUUGCUUAAUUUCUAAUUGAAGCACCUACAGAACUUCUAUAAGCCUAAACUGAUUAAAUACAUAAUUUAUUUUUUAGAAGUAAUUCCUCAAUCUCAACCAUAAAAAAAGAGUGA